UGCGGGUGAGGGCGGGAUGAGGAGGGUAGGUUGCGCGCUUGUAUAGUUUCUACAUUGUACCGACUCGCACUAAAACAGAGAGGUCUGAACGGACUGUAAAGUAAAGAGAGGGGGGAGAAAUUAAAAAGGGGGUGCUGUUUUAAUACUUUUAAGUCAUUUUUAUUUUUUUGGGGGAAGGAAAUUGUCAUUGCCGUCGUUGAACGCCGAGGGGAAGAUAGGAAAAUAUUAUUACUCGGAUUAAGGACUCGGUCACAGGGAUACAGGAAGAGGCUGAGCGCUUCUCAAUCGGAGCAGACGUAACAUGAACUGAGGAGAAUCCGAAUAACGUCUCGUGCUUUCUAUUUUUUUUAUUUUUUUAUUUUGCUCACAAAAAAAAACCAUAAAGAAAGGGAAAUAGUGUUGAGCCAGGAAGAGGAGGAAAAGAAUUUGUGUUUGACGCCCGAACCCCCAUCCCCGUCCCGCCCGCCCCCACCCUCCCCGCCACACACACAACUACAGGAAAAUGGGGAGGAAAAAGAUUCAGAUCCAGCGGAUCACAGAUGAACGAAACAGACAGGUGACGUUCACGAAACGGAAGUUUGGGCUGAUGAAGAAGGCCUACGAGCUGAGCGUGCUGUGUGACUGCGAGAUCGCACUCAUCAUCUUCAACCACUCCAACAAGCUGUUCCAGUACGCCAGCACAGACAUGGACAAGGUGCUGCUGAAAUACACAGAGUACAACGAGCCGCACGAGAGCAGGACCAACGCUGACAUCAUCGAGACGUUAAGAAAGAAAGGUUUUAACGGUUGCGACAGUCCAGAACCGGACGGGGAUGAUUCCAUCGACCAGAGCCCCCUAAACGACGAGAAAUACCGCAAAGCCAACGAGGACCUGGACAUUUUAUUCAAGAGAUACGGAGUUUUAAACAAGAAGGAGCGGCGGGAUUGCGAGAGCCCGGACCUGGAAGAGGCGUUCUCUCUCACCCCCGGCACCCAGGAAAAGUAUCAAAAAAUUGACGAGGAGUUUGAUAAAAUGAUGCAGAGUUAUAGAUUGGCUUCUGCAGUCCCGCCCCCCAGCUUCUCCAUCUCCAAUCAGAACGCACUACAGUUCAGUAACCCCGGCGGUGCCCUGGUCACUACGUCCUUUGUGACGUCAUCGCUGUCGGAUCCCCGCCUCCUGUCUCCACAGCAACCGGCCCUGCAGAGGAACACAGUGUCCCCGGGGCUGCCACAGAGGCCAGCCAGCGCAGGAGCGCUUUUAGGUGGUGAUCUGAACGAUUCAAACGGACCGUGCCCAAGCCCAGUGGGAAACGGGUACAUGAGCGCUCGGGCCUCUCCGGGUCUUCUCUCCGUAUCCAACGGCAACAGCUUGGGGAAAGUAGUCCCGGCAAAGUCUCCGCCCCCUCCCAGUGUUCAGAUGGGCAUCAGCGCUCGCAAACCAGACCUCAGGGUGAUCACCUCCCAGAAUAAAGGACUCCUGCAGCUGACAGAGGAGGAUCUGGAAAUGAACGCUCAGCGGCUUGGAAUCUCUCAGGCUGCGCAGCCCUUGACCACGCCCGUGGUUUCCGUGGCAACACCCAGUCUCCUGACGCAGGGCCUACCCUUUUCUGCCAUGCCCACAGCAUACACAGACUAUCAGUUAACGAGUGCUGACAUAUCCGCCCUCCAGGCUUUCACCUCGCCAGGCGGCCUGUCGCUAGGCAACCUGCCCAUAUGGCAGCAACAGCAGCAGCAGCACCAGCAGCAGCAGCAGCAGCAGCAGCAACAGCAACAGCAGCUCAGCCUGGCGUCGCUUAGCAACCUGGUUAUGACAUCACAAUCAAACGUACUCUUUGGCAGGGAACACUGUUUCUACCGGCCGAGCGGACACUUACCACAGAACAACACUCUGUCGGUCAACACCAGCCCCAACAUCAGCAUCAAAUCCGAGCCAGCAUCCCCCAACCGGGACCGCAGCACCCCGUGCUCCUCCGCGUCCGGGACCCCUUACCCAGGCUCCGUGCGCUUGGAGCCCACCGGCCACUCCCCGGUCAACAGCCUGAGCAGCAACGGCAGCUCGUACGAGGGCAGCGACCGCGACGACCCUGCCCAGCAGCAGCAGCAGCAGCAGCUUCAGCAGCAUCGCCGGCAGCAGCAGCAGCAGCAGCAAGACUUCAACUCGAGUCUGGGGCUUCUGAGGCCGGCUGGGGAUCCAGAGCAGGACAACGGAAACGUGAAGCGGAUGAGGAUGGAUACCUGGGUGACAUAACCACCCAGCCGUGGAGAGAGAGAGAGAGGGGAGGAGGCAGGAGGGG